AUGGAGAGGCCUGAUGUCGCUUGUCCCGACCACCACUCGUCCCAGCUGCAGUGCUGCUGCGGCCGCGUCGAUUGCCCCCUGCUCAGGAGGAACUCGACCGUCCUCGAAUCCGUCGAGAAGGAUGUCCACACAGCUGCUCAGCUGGGCCAGGCCCUUCUGGCAAGACACGAAGCAUACAUGGCCGAUGCCGAACGGGAUCGCCUCGACUUGACCACCCGCAUAGAACGCCUUGAGAUGGACAAGCAAGAACUCGAGGCCGAGAAUGCCGUCCAGAUCGAGGAGAACCGGGUCUUGCUCGACCAGCUCGAGGCCCUCAACAAUACCGUCUGCGAGUCCGACACCAGGAUCAAGGCCCUCGAAGCCAGUCUUUUGUCCUCCCAGCAGGCCGUACGCCGCCUCGAGACCACCGCAUUCCGUGCCUCCGACACCGAGCGAUACCUCGCCGUCCUCGAGCAGGAGCAGGAGGAACUCCACCAGCAGCUGCAGUCCACCGAGGAAGAUGCCCGCUCCCACGCCCAGCGCUUCAAGGAAGCCCAGCGGGGCAUCAUGGACAUGCAGGACCAGCUGGAGAGGAUGGAGGCCGAGGCCCGUCAAGAGCGUGAGCGCCAUGCCGAAGUCGUCGGGAGGAUGGAACGCCAACGCGAGGUCGAGAAGCAUCUCGACACGGCUGCCGGCCGUCUCAAAGGUGCUGCGGCGUCCAAGUCGAUGCAAAACGCCAAGAACGGGAACACGGUGGUUAACCAUUUCGUGCGAGACCUGCUUCAGGACAACGCCAACCUGCAACUGGGCAUGGCCGAGCUCCGCGAGUUACUGCUCAACUCCAACGACGAGAUCCAGUCCCUGCGCGACCAGAUGCUCCACCACCAACCCAUCGAGUACGACGCUGCCGCCUCGACGCUCAAGGCCGAGCUCGAGGGCCCCGACAUCGACGGCCCGGCCACUCCUCGCGUCUCGCAGGAGUUGCACAUCCACCAUCACUACCACGUCGCCUCAAAGGUCACGCCAAAGCCGGACAACCGCAAGCUGAGGCGCAAGCGUCACGGCCUCAUCCCCGGCACCUUUACUCCGCCGACCUACUCGGGCCACUCGACGCCCAACACCUCUGGGCAAUGGCGCCUCACUCCUUCGACCGGAGCCCCCGCGCUGCUCUCCCUCACCACCAAGGAACCCAGUUCGGUCGUGGGCAUGCCGCGUCAACGGUGGUCCGCAGACCAGUUCUCCGAGUUUGCGUCGUCGGUUCCCAGCUCUCCGCAAUCCAACCAGCGCAACUCCAUGUUCGACCCCAACAUGACCGACAGCGACUAUCCCAUGUCGCCCGCCACCAGCUUCGGUACCAUGUCUCCCACCUGGAGGGCCUCACAUCGCAAGGGGCCCUCUGAAAUCUCAACCCUCAGUUUCCAGGCCCCUCCGCCUCCCCUGCACGUCGAUCCUGGAACUCCCCCCACUCCCCAGGCAAAUCGCCAGCACCAUGUCAUCCACGAAGAGGACGAGGAGGACGAAGAACAGGACAACGACAUUCUUCGCCUGGAGACGCCAGACUUGGUCGGAACUGCGCCAUCCAUCGAUGAAAAUUCGACCAUUGGGGACUCUGACGUCUCCAAGGAUGAGUUUGUGCCUCGUCCUCGCAUCCACCGCGCACUCUCGCACGAGUCCAUCAUGUCGCUUGCCGGCGGACUCGACAUUCAUACCCUCAAGGCCCGGCCCAGCCAGCUGACUCUGCGUCCCCUGGGUGGCGCGGAAGCCGUCGUGACGGAUAUCACGGCUCAGCCCACCCUCUCUCGAGGCAUGCCCAGGCGAAGUGCCGUGGCUCUCCGAGACAGCUUCAUGGGCCUGCCCGCUCCAAGAUCAGUGUCCGGGCCUAUGAGCCGGUCCGUCCGGUCACUUUCUCCAAACCCCGAGACGCCUCAUGGAAGUCCCGGAGGCGGAGCGUUGGGCAAGUGGGUUGGCUGGCGGCCGUGGGGAAGCUCAACCCCCAACACGGCGGUCAAGGUUCCCAGACCCAUCAUGGAGAUCGAGUCGGACCUGAAUCGAGCACCCGGCAUCAACCAGCCUGGUGCCAUCCCCGGCUUCCAGAAGUACUGGGCAGCUCAGCGACGAAAGGGCGCGCCGUCAAAGGUGCUGCCCGAGACGGUCGACAGCGAUGCUCUGCAGGAAGGGUUGCAGGAGGGAUGA